AUGUAUGAUUUCAAUGUGCCCUCCCAGUUUGGGCCGGCCACUGUUCGCAUCGGCCUGCCUCCUGUAUCGCUGCUCAGCUUCCCUCCGGCAGAGCUGCCCGUCACCGUUCCAGCACCGCAUGUGUCGGAGUUCAGCUGGAAGCAGCCCUUCAACAUUCCCCAUGAUCUCUUCCACAAGGUCCUAGAUGUCCGCGUCCCAGUCACCAUCGCCAGCGUCUAUGCCGUCACCGUGGUCCUGGUCAAUCGCAUCAACAAGAGCCGCGGCUACAAACCCUAUGCCUUCAGCCACUCGCGCCUGUUCAAGCUGCUUGUGGUUCUGCACAAUGUCUUCCUGGCCGUCUACUCGGCGUGGACCUUUAUUGGCAUGUUCCAGGCCUUCAGCAACUCGCUGCCCGAUCGCGAUGAACCCAACGGCUUGGUCGGAGUAGUGGACGCGCUCUGCAAGAUCAACGGCCCGCGCGGCUACGGCAACGCGGCGACCUACAGCUCUCUCACCGACCAGUGGUCAAUUCCCAACCCUGCCUACCAGCUGGCCAACGGAGUGCCUGACCCGACGGACGCUGGCCGACUCUGGAACCAGGGUCUGGCAUACUUCGGCUGGAUCUUCUACCUCUCCAAGUUCUACGAGACCUAUCACCAUGCCGGUGCCAUGAUGUGCAUGUGGGCUGGUAUCCGUUAUAUGGCAGCUCCCAUCUGGAUUUUCGCCCUGGUCAACUCGGGAAUUCACGCGAUGAUGUAUACCUACUACACCUUCACUGCGUUGCACAUUCGCGUGCCUAACGCCAUCAAGCGAAGCUUGACCUCGAUGCAGAUCACCCAGUUCAUCUUCGGAACCAACAUGGCCGCUGCCUACUUAUUCGUCGAGUAUACCGUGCCCUAUCCCGUCGGCAGUCCUGCCCUUCGUCACUUGUCCCAUGCCAUUCCCGCCGCAAACCCCGCGUCCGCCCCCUCUGCCGAUGCUGGUGUAGUGCCAUGGUUGAAGAAGCUGGCCUUCCGUGCUGCUGGCGCAGAUGGAAUUGCCGGAAACGUUGGCGGUGCCGUGCCCAGUCCGCCGACCGGGUACACCCAGGAAAUGGUGCCAUGCGUGGACACUACCGGCCAAGCCUUCGCCAUUUGGCUGAACGUCUCGUACCUGCUGCCCCUGACCUAUCUGUUCGUGCGCUUCUUUGUCCGCUCCUACCUGAAACGCAAGGACCCUGGUGUCAAGCAGUCCACUCACAUGGAAGCCGCGGAGAAGGCCGGUAUGGAUGCUCUGAAGGGAGUGAGCCGUGAGAUCCAGCGUGCGGCUAUUCAGACCGAGGCUAGCGAGGUCAGCACCGAUGAUGAGGUCAUUCGCGCUUACGUCAAGAAGGUCGCCGAGAAGCAGAACACCCAGGAUUCCCCUAUGCGCACUCGCUCAUCUGCUGCCAGCAAGGCUAAGGCGGCUUCCGGCCCUCCGUCGGAGUCUGAGGAGGGCUUCUCCAAGGUUCCUGCGAGGAAAGGAGCCAAGAAGCAGACCGUUGAGGAGCGUGAUGCCCCCUCGGCUGUCCCCGAGGCCAAGGGACAGAAUCCGUUCGGGGUCCUGGAUAGAGGCGCGUGA